CUGGGGGCUUCAAAGGGGUCAUCGCCUCUGCCCGAUGCCACGUGAGGGGUUGGUGGUGAUGCAUCCCUGGAGAACUGGAAGGAAAAGGCUCCCGGCGUUCCAGGCUGUGUCCUGUCAGUGCUCCCAGUACCACACCAGUACGCAGCGAUGGCAGCGGAGACGUCAGACCAGUACGAGACCCUGCACGUCCAGUACCCCCCCGGCUACGGCCGAGGUCCGCUGCCCUCGCCCCCCGUGUCCCGCUGGGCGCUGGGCUCCGUGCUGGCCGUGGGCACGGGGGGGCUCCUGGUCUUGGGGGCCGCCCUGGCUGCGCUCGUCACCCUCUACGUGCAGGGACAGGCUGAGCUGCGGGAGGCGCGCGCGGAGCUGGCGGCAGCCGGGGUGCUGCUGAACCCCGACAGUCCCCACAGCCCCGGUGAGAGCUCGGCUGUGGCGCAGCGACGCAAGGACCAGCUGGGGCGCUGGCUGCAGGGCUUGGCGCUGGGAUGGCGCUACCACCAGGGCAACAUCUACUUCUUCUCGGCUGAGAGGAAGCGGUGGGAUGAGGCGCAGGUUGCCUGCCGUGCCACGCACGCCCACCUCACCUCCAUCACCAGCAGCGAGGAGCAGGAUUACCUGGCGCGGGAGUCGCGGGGCGGCACCUACUGGAUCGGGCUGGUGGCCACCGGCCCGGGGGGGUCGUGGCAUUGGGUGGACGGGAGCCCCUACUCCAGUGCCCAGAGCUUCUGGGCCGCGGGGCAGCCGGACAACGUGGAUCAUGGGGAAUGGGGCCGGGAGAGCUGCGCGCAGAUCCAUCCCGUGGGGAACAGCCUCUGGAAUGACCACAACUGCAACUUCACCUUCUUCUGGAUCUGCAAGCGGGACCUCAGUGGGCCCUGAGCCCCCAAUCCCACCAGGAUGAGCCCCCCCCCAAUCCCACUGGA